CGAGACUGGGGUUGAUAAGGUCGGGCAAUGGUGGGGCAGAGUUUGGGAAGAUGGCGUUGCGAGGUUGGGCACAGCGAGGCUGGGGCUGCGGUCAGGCGUGGGCGCCUCCCGCAGUCGGCGGCUGCCCGGAGCUCUCUGCGGCCCAGGCCCCGCGGCUGCUCGGACGCAGGUUUAACUCAUUUCUUCAGCAAAAGUGCGGAUUUAGAAAAGCACCAAGGAAGGUUGAACCUCGAAGAUCAGACACAGGGUCAAGUGGUGAAGCAUACAAGAGAAGUGCCUUGAUCCCUCCUCUGGAAGAGACUGUCUUUUACCCUUCCCCUUACCCUAUACGAACUCUCGUGAAGCCCUUUUUCUUCACCAUUGGGUUCACAGGCUGUGCAUUUGGAUCAGCUGCUAUCUGGCAAUAUGAAUCACUGAAAUCUAGAGUCCAGAGUUAUUUUGAUGGCAUAAAAGCUGACUGGUUGGAUAGCAUACGGCCACAAAAGGAAGGAGACCUCAGAAAGGAGAUUAACAAGUGGUGGAAUAGCCUAACUGAUGGCCAGCGGACUGUGACAGGUAUCAUAGCUGCAAAUGCUCUAGUGUUCUGCCUAUGGAGGGUGCCGUCGCUACAUCGAACCAUGAUCAGAUAUUUUACAUCCAAUCCAGCAUCAAAGGUUCUGUGUUCUCCAAUGUUGCUGUCAACAUUCAGUCAUUUCUCCUUAUUCCACAUGGCAGCAAACAUGUAUGUUUUGUGGAGCUUCUCAUCUAGCAUUGUGAACAUUCUUGGCCAAGAGCAAUUUAUGGCAGUGUACCUGUCUGCAGGUGUUAUUUCCAAUUUUGUCAGUUAUGUGUGUAAAGUUGCCACGGGAAGAUAUGGACCUUCACUUGGUGCAUCAGGAGCAAUCAUGGCUGUGCUUGCAGCAGUCUGCACCAAGAUCCCAGAAGGGAGACUCGCCAUUAUCUUCCUCCCUGUCUUCACCUUCACAGCGGGCAAUGCCUUAAAAGCCAUCAUUGCCAUGGAUACAGCUGGGAUGAUCCUGGGAUGGAAAUUUUUUGAUCAUGCAGCACAUCUUGGGGGAGCUCUCUUUGGAAUAUGGUAUAUCACUUAUGGUCAUGAACUCAUUUGGAAGAACAGGGAGCCUCUAGUGAAAAUUUGGCAUGAAAUAAGGACUAAGAAAGGAGGUGGCUCUAAGUGACGAAAAGCUGGCCAGUCUAGUGCAUCUGUUCCUUGCUGCCUGGAAGACUCAGCACCUGGCUGCCCCAGUGUUUUUCAUGUUCCCAGUACUUGUCUCCUUAGCAAAUGAUGGCAAAGUUGUGAAAUAAAUGUUUAUAUCUCUAGUUUGUAAA